UCUAUCUCCGCAACUACACAGCAGACAUCUUAAGGUGCUUUAUUAUUAAGGCAGAACAAGUGUUCUCGAUAUACUGCAAGUAUGAACACACAGAAUUACAUGGAAGGGUCUUUGCGCCCUUAUGUUUCUAGGUCCGAUUUCGAUCUGCACUACCCAAUCGCCUACCAGCCGGGCAUAGGAAUAAUUAACUCUUCGACUUCCCAGAGUCUCUCGCAAUCACUACCUUUGGUCCAGAUGCAACGAGGGGGCUCUUCGAGUACUGUGGGAGCUACCGGUUUUGCUGAUUCCAGAGUAGGGAUCCACGGAUUCGGCUCUAGAGUAAAAGCUCCUGCAAAUGCACCCAUUCUAUCUAAAGAACUAUACGGUAAAUCAGUCAGUGACUUGGAGUGGAACGAAUUUUUUGACAUAUCGAACUUGAAAUCUGUUUUGUUAACAUUGACAAAGCGUUUUAUUCGUGGUUGGUUCAAGUGUCUCAUUAGCCAACCAUUUGACGUUGUGCGUAUUUUGCUGCAAGUGGGAUCAUUCAGAAAAAACGAUUACCCUACGAUAAAGCCAAUAAGGCAAAUCAAUAAAAUCAUAACUGAAGAGGCUGUCGAUGAUACUGAACCACUUUCUUCUGAAUCGGAUAGUGAUGUGGAGGGCCGGGAUGCCUACUUUGUAAACGAAAGUCCCAGUAAGCUACGUGAUAGCAGGAUCGAACGCCUUCCAAGCAGGAGGGCUAGUGGUAACUCGAAGCAGGUUAGACUAGAAAAUGAACGCUCCAAGAGGGUAAAUGUUGUGAUCGAACCAGAGUCACUAAAUACAUUUGACAUGAUAAGCUCUCUAUUGGCCAAAGAGGGUCCAAGGGGUAUCUUGAAGGCUGUGAAUACUACAUUUUUGAUGAACACCGUACAAUACACAAUCGAGUCAUGGAUCACGGGGUUUAUCUCAGGAAUAGUUGGUAUUCCUGACCCACUAUUUGUGGAUAUGAUUCAUUCACCGAAUGCAAACUGGAGUUUGAUCUUAAGUAUUUUCAGCAAUGUUUUUGCAAGCCUCCUAUUGACCCAACUAAGUCUAAUACGCACAAGAUUUAUCGUUACAACUAGUUCAAGAGGGUGCCGUUCGUUCAAGGAAAUAAUAUGGAACAUUCCAAGGUUCCAUAUUUUUAAUGUUCCUAAAAGCUUGCUAAUACCUUCAAUUGUUACCCACUUCAUAAAAUCGUUCACCACACAUUACCCUGAAUAUUUGUUGACAACAAUGAAGAUAAACAAAUAUAAUAACCCAUACGUAUUCAAUAUGUUCUCAGUAAUUCUGAAAAUAAUUGGUCUGUUCAUGAGAUUGCCUUUUGAAACCUUGUUUGCCAGAGCUCAAGUUAACUAUCUUCUUACAAACAAAGACGAACUUCCGGAAGCCAUGCGUAUCGACAAGGAGGACAUGUGUAUUGAAUUUGGCGGUUAUUAUGGCUAUCUGUCGACAUUAUACUACAUAAUUGCUGGAUCAAGGCCACUGACAUAUGAAGGACAAUCCCUAGAGGUCGAUGUAGACGAUCUAGAGGAAAACAGAGGUAUCAAGGCUAUAUUUAGAGGUUGGAAAGUAGGGUUGCUCAGAUUAGUAUCCAGCUAUACUUUGAAUCUUCUACGUGAUGAUAGAUACAACAUUGUCGAAGAAAAAUUUUAGUUGUUGACAUUGUUUUAAUCUUUCUAAUUCUCAUUAGUAUAUGUAUAUAUAAUUUGAGCCUACUUUUUGGGGCUAUUGUAUUACUUCGACUUAAUGGACAAAUGUUAUAUUUUUUCGGAGGCUGAAAGGACUAUUUACAGAGCCGUUCAGUAGUAGUUUCAUUUCGUUAAAUGAUUCCGCUGCGCUAAAAUUACAGACAGAUCUAAAUUUACAUAUGGGGGAUAUUGUUUAUUUCUCUGCCAGCUGUUUGAUAAUGUCAGCAAACUGCAACGCUACUUUUCUUUUCAGCACUUCUUUGCUUGGCUCUUGCCCAUCAAAAUUAAAUUUACCCUUUUCCCAUAGUUCUACGAUUUCAUCUAAUCCCUUGACUAUAUAUUCAGUUAGGCCCUUGUUCAGAAACUUUCGCAAAUCAGAACCAUCAAUUAUAUCCUCAACACUUCUUCCA